GUCUUUGCUGUUCGUUGUGUUACUGUCCACGGACUCCAGCCGCCGUUUUUUUACGCUAUGGAUCCCAACUGCUCCUGUGGCACCGGUGGUUCCUGCACGUGCGCUGGCUCCUGCAAAUGCAAAGAAUGCAAAUGCAGUUCCUGCAAGAAGAGCUGUUGCUCCUGCUGCCCGGUGGGUUGUGCCAAGUGCGCCCAGGGCUGCAUUUGCAAAGGGGCGUCGGACAAGUGCAGCUGCUGUGCCUGAUCCCAGGGAGCCUGUUUCCGAUGUAAAUAGAGCGACAUGUGCAAACCUACAGUGUUUCUUGGUGCUUUUUUGUUUGGGAUACAACCCUGACCAGUUUCCUACAUUCCUUGUUGUUUAAUCCUUAUAAAAUACAUGAGUUACAUAAUAAAAGCUGUUGACUUGUA